GACAGUCGCAGCGCCGCCUCUUCUGUGCAGACACCUCGCCGGCGGCGCCUCUCCUUCGCUCGUCCCACAUUGCCAGCCACCGAUUCUCCCCGGGCCCUCCCUCCUCUCUUCCGCCCCUCCCUCCCAUGAUCCCUUAUUGUCAGAAGUCUGCCACUCCUUGCAACUAGCCUGCCUGAGCCUCUCCAUUCGCACCCAAAUACCCAAGGACGAGGGAAAUCCUCCAAAUGCCGGGGAAAUGCCGGAGGCCCGCGCCGCCGGACGGGGACGGCGACGCGACGGCCGUCCUCGACGACGCGGAUCUGGAGGAGAUUCUCCUGCGCUUCCCCUCGGCGGCCGACCUAGCGCGCACCGCCGCCCUCGUCUGCCGUCGCUGGCGCCGCGUCGCCUCCGGCCCCGCCUUCCUCCGCCGGUUUCGGCGCCUGCACCCGCCCCAGCACCUCGGCUUUUUCAUCUGCAAAGGCGGUCGCCCCUAUCGGUACGACGUGCUCGACCGCUCUCCCCUCCCGGUCCUCGACCCUACCUUCCUCCCCUUGGUCGAGCCGAAUCCUGGCGUCGGCGGCGCCGUCAGCCGCUGCCGGAGCUUCUCCCUCACAUCCCUCCCCUCCGUCGACCACUGGUCCCUCGCCGACUCCAGCGACGGCCUUCUGCUCUUCUGCUCUUCCUGCGACCGCUCUCGCUACGGUUACUACCUGGGGCUACCGGACCGCAGAGACAUCCCCAAGCACUUUGCCGUCUGCGACCCUUUGUCCGGCCACUCUGUUCUCUUGCCCGCGCCUGACUCCGGCCUGCAUCUUGGGUCUUAUUACCUUGGUGCUGCUCUGGUAAUCAGUGACAAAGACGAGGGAGACGUCGUCUCCUUUGAGGUGCUUGUUGUGACAUAUGUUCAUAAGGAGGGGCCAUGCCUUUGUGCUUUCUACUCAAGCUCGCGACAAUGGGCGGUGCUCCCAUGCCCUAGGCUUUACAAGUACAGUGACAGGAUGCCCUGGUUUGACGAUGGCGCGCGUGCCAGUGGGUGUGUCUAUUGGGUUGUUCACGACUGGGAAUUGGAUUUCGAGCAUAUCCUGGUGCUGGACUCCCAAACCAAGAAGUUUUCCACCAUCAAUUUGCCAUGCAGCCACAUGUGUGAGAAGUACGAUAGUAACAUCAAGGUUGUGAGGAGCGAGGGUGACAGGGAUCUCCGUAUUGUGGCAAUGGCGUGGUCCAGCUGUAAACUCCAUUUCUGGCGUCGUGACAGGAGCAGGAGUGCCAAAGGACGAUGGUUGAAAGAGGAUGUGAAGUUUUUGAGUGUGGAUGGGGUGGGUCAUCUCCUAACGGGAGGUGUAGCUUGGUGUAAUAAUGCUUGUGCGGUUAAGAUUAUAGAUGCUGGAGAGGGAUUUGUUUUCAUCAAGCACAGUGAGACUACCUGGGUGUUUGUUCUCAACCUCAAGGAAAUGACACUGCAGAAGUUGCCAAAUAGGAAACAUUACUCUGGGCAUGCACUUCCCUACAGGAUGGCUUUAUCUCCCCCCCUUGCCAAAUUUCGGUGAAGGGAACGACUGAACGAUCAAGAAGGGAACCACUGAUCUAGACGGGAUGGACAUUGACGUUAUAACGCCAAUUUCAGGUUCAGGAUGUAGAAGGAACUGUCUGAAGGGAACUACUGAAAAUGGACUCGGCUGCUGUUUUCCUCCGCUAAUUUAUUUAGUUCGUGAGUGGCCUAGCUUUUUCUUUUAUGUUGGAGUUGGACUAGUGGUGAACUAUGUGGUAAGAUUAAGAUACAUGUGAUGUUUGAUGUGUGUAUUUGUUAUGGAACGCUGCUGUGAACGUUCGUGUUAUCUUCAUAUUAAAAGAUAAUAACGUGUUGGUGUCA